AUGCCCACUAUUUCGGUCGACAAGGCCGCGCUCUUCAAGGAGCUCGGACGGGAUUAUACCACCGAGGAGUUCGAUGAGUUGUGUUUCGAGUUCGGUAUCGAACUUGACGAAGACACCACGGAUCAGGACCGACCAAUUGUCGAUGGAAAGCAGGUCCCGCCUGAGUUGAAGAUCGAGAUCCCGGCCAACCGAUAUGACUUGCUGUGUUUCGAGGGCAUUGCCCUUAUGCUCAACAUCUUCUUGGGCAGACAGCCUCUCCCCAACUACCGGCUCACCCAGCCGGCCAGUGGAGAGCUGGAGAAGAUCAUCGUGAAGGAGGACACCAUGAAAGUCCGGCCGUUGGUUUCCGGUGCCAUCCUCCGCAACAUCAAGUUCGACAAGGCCCGCUAUGAAUCUUUCAUUGCGCUGCAGGACAAGCUGCACCAGAACCUUGCUAGACAGAGAACGCUUGUGUCCAUCGGUACUCAUGACCUGGACACGAUAAAGGGACCUUUCACCUACGAAGCCCUGCCGCCGAAGGACAUCAAAUUCACCCCUCUGAAUCAGACCAAGGAGCUGGAUGGAGAGGAACUGAUGGCUUUCUACGAGAAAGACCGACACCUGGGUAAAUACCUCCACAUUAUCCGGGACUCGCCUGUCUACCCGGUGAUCUUUGAUUCCAAUCGGACCGUCUGCUCGCUGCCGCCCAUCAUCAACGGUGACCACUCGAAGAUUUCGCUGGACACGAAGAAUGUCUUCAUUGAGAUCACGGCCCUUGAUAAGACCAAAGUUGAGAUCGUUAACAAAAUCAUGGUUGCGAUGUUCUCCCAGUACACAACGGAACCCUUCACCAUCGAACCCGUCCAGAUUGUGUCCGACCACAACAACGCGACCAGAAUCACCCCGGAGAUCGCGCCUCGCACGACCCAGGCGGAAGUGUCCUACAUCAACCAGUGCUGCGGUCUGGAGCUUUCUCCCGAGGAGAUCUGCACCCUGCUGAAGAAGAUGGCCUAUGACGCCAGACCGUCCAAGACCUCCCCUGACCUUGUUGAUGUAGACAUUCCCCCGACCCGUGCCGAUGUGCUUCACCAGGCAGACAUCAUGGAGGAUGUCGCCAUUGCGUACGGAUUCAACAACCUCCCCCGUUCUUUCCCUAGCAAGUCCGGCACUAUUGCCCAACCUCUACCGAUCAACAAGCUAUCCGAUAUCGUUCGGAUGGAAGCGGCCAUGGCAGGCUGGUCCGAAGUCUUGCCUCUGAUCCUGUGUUCUCACGACGAGAACUUCGCCUGGCUCAACCGCAAGGACGACGGCAACACUGCCGUGAAGCUGGCCAACCCUAAGACCUUGGAAUUCCAGGUCGUUCGUACCAGCCUUCUUCCCGGUCUGCUGAAGACGAUCCGUGAGAACAAACAUCACACCGCGCCCAUGAAGAUCUUCGAAGUCAGCGACGUCGCCUUCAAGGAUCUAUCCCUGGAGCGUAAGAGCCGAAACGAGCGACACUUCGCCGCCGCGUGGUACGGCAAGACCAGCGGAUUCGAAGUUGUUCACGGUCUGAUGGACCGCAUCAUGGCCAUGCUCAAGAGCGCCUUCAUCACCGGCGAGGAAGGUCUUGAGAACCAGGCCAUGAACGACUCCCAGUACUGGAUCGAAGAACUUGACGAUCCCACUUACUUCCCCGGUCACUCCGCCUCCGUGCACGUGCGCAUCGCGGGCAAGGACCACGUCAUCGGUGCCUUUGGUAUCCUGCAUCCUACGGUGUUGGAGAAGUACGAGCUGAAAUACCCCGUGAGCACGGUGGAGAUCAACAUCGAAGCUUUCCUAUGA